AUGUUUGAGUUUGGCUAUACUGAACUGUAUAAGAAUUUGUAAGCUAAUGCAAAGCUUUUGCUUGAGGGCUCAGAGGGAGAAAUUAGUAAAGUAAUCCUGAUUAAGUUGAACCUGCUUGAAGAGGACUCGGAGGAGAUGCAAAUGCAGCAUGAAUUUGUUGAAAUGUGGUAUUUUGUUGAAGGUACAAGUAAGUGGGACUGCAACUACAAGGUGACUAUGAAAACAAUUCUUGACAGGAGCUUUUCUUAACUAAUAUAUAGAAUGUAGACCCUUUUUUCUUCCUCAAAAAGCCACAAGAACCAGAGACUGCAGUUGACCCUAGGAGAAAUCCUCUACAAUGAGUUCUGUAAUAUAGCUUCUGAGGGUUGGACCGAAGUGGAUACAAUUUAUCUCACCUUAGACCCGCUACGGAAAUCUAUCAUCAAAGCUACAAAGUGUCACCUUAUUAAUAAAGGUGUAUCGCCAGAACCCGCAGUUCAAGUUUACUAUUGUGAUAUAAAAGGGUAA